UCAGUCGCAGUCGCAGUCGUCAACAGAGCUCAGUCCGGUUUUGGAGCCCCCAACGUUGAGCGCGACUCGCGGAUUGCAGCAGUAGUUGUUGUUUUUAUCGUUGUUGAUAUUUAUUGUUGCCGUUGCCGCAGUCGCUGCCGCUGCCUAAAAAAUCCCAUUUCCCCAUAAAUAUCCAAGUGCGUCUCCGUGUGCAUGCGAAAAAAUUAAAUAGCCGACGGCUCUCAAGUGCAUUUUGUGUGCGAAUUUCAAACUAAACAACAAAUCAUAUACACAUAAACAGAUGCAGCUGAAUAAAACUAAAUAUAUGAUCAAUAGUGUCCAAAACUGAACUGGAAACAAACCUGGUUGCUGGUGCUACUCGUCUUAAGGGGCAACAACUCGGCGUAAUUGAAAUUGAAUCUCUGCUUGGUGGAGGCGUUAACUAGACAAGACGAAACGACCAGGAUGGUGCUUGUGCUGAACGGUGUGCUGCAGGAUGACUGCCCGAUGGAUACAAACAGCCUGUUCCUACAGCACCCUGUCUAUAGAGACUAUGCACAACAGCUGCACUCCAUACAGGCCAAGUCUGUUGGCCCAGUGGGUCUGCUCUAUGUGGGACAGCGGGAGCUGGCCGCUGCCGCACCGCACGACAAGAACAUCAACAUCAUUGGGGCCGACGAUGCCACCACCUGUAUUAUUGUUGUUGUGCGGCAUUCAGGCUCUGGUGCUGUGGCAUUGGCGCAUUUCGAUGGCAGCGGCGUGGAUGAAGCCGUUUGCACAAUGGUGUCGCGUGUCCAGGAGCUGGCACUGGGCUAUCCGGAAGGACGCAUUGAGUUGCAGCUGAUUGGUGGCUAUCGGGACUCGCAAGGCUAUGGCGAGGAUGUCUUCUAUAGCAUUAUGCAAUCAUUCCACAAGCAUCACCUCGAAAUCGAUUUGACGCAGGCUUGCGUGGGCGAGUUGAACACAAUGCUGCGCGGCGAGAUCAAUUGCCCCAUCAUCUAUGGUGUGGGCGUUAACAUCAAGACUGGCGAGAUUUUUCCGGCCUCCUUUCCGGACCGAGGACCCGAUCGACAGCUGCGCGACGCGCGCAUUUUUAUGGGCUCACAGACGGUGCUGGACGUUUAUGACUCGACGCUGGGCAUGCUGCGCAUCGGACCCUUCAAUUAUGAUCCAUUGCGUGGCGCCGACUUGUGGCUGUCGCAAACAGAUGAGUUUCUGCUGCAGCAUUUGUCCUCCAGUCCCGACGUGGAGCCGCCGCACUUUGCGCCACAGAUGCGUGCCACCAUUCGAUUUAUACAGGAGAACCAGUUUCCCGCUGUCACCGUUUUCAGGGAUAAUCGACCCCGUUAUUAUAGACGCGAUGAUGCCACGGGCUGCUGGGUUUUGGUUAGAUAUUAAAGCUUAAUUAAGUUCUUAGUUGUUACGCAAGUAGUGAAAACCGUUUUCUUGUCGGAGAACUCCCUAAUACAUCUCUACAUCACAUACUGUCAAUCAGUCAUCAAUCGGUGCAUGUGUUAUUUUCGUAAUUUCGUACUAUACCACCCGAUUCCCGGUUCCCGAUUCUUGAUUCAUGUGUGUGUGUGCUUGUACUUUAACUACCUGCAUAUAUAUAUAUAUGUAUACUUAUCUAUACCUUCUACUUAUAAUCGUUGCUUCUCUGCUUACAUUUUUGCAAAUUUAAUUGUUGAGUUAAUUGUUUUUGGCUGUAAUUAAAUUCGAUGCGAUUGCAAUUGCAAUACAUGCUUUAUUUAUAACUCGAUUAGGGCAAUUGCAAGCUGCUUUUGUUUAAUUCGCAUCCAAUCGAGUCUUGUAAUGUAUUGUAUGUCAAAUAUCAUAUUCUUUUUUAAUUACACAUUAGGUUCGAGAUUGAGUUCGGAUAUAUAUUCAAUCGUAUAUAUAUAUAUAUAUAUGCCUAGAGAACACCGUUUGGAAUGCGCCUUAUUAAUGGAUCUGAAAGUAAAACGAUAUAUUAUUGUGUAUGCAUAUAUGUAAAUAUAUAUAUGUACGUAAUUCUUAUUGAAAUGAAAUAUUUAAAAGAGAUUCUUAGCAAAAUAUAUAUACACAAUAUGUAAACGAAAUAUUUAAAUGCAAUCAUCUUAGUUUUUAAACUGUAAACUGUAAUCAAACUUAAUGAAAUUAAAAAUGGCUUGGCUAUUCGUA